AUGAAUAUUUCCCUGGUUAUACCACCCGAGCAAAAGGCCGCAUACCUCCAGACCUUGCCUGCCAUUCGUGAACGAUGUUCACGCGUGCAUGGAAAAGCUCUUCAAGGGAAACUCCACUGCUUCGAGUACUUCCCUGAAAAAGAGGAUCAAGUCGUUGAUUUCUGCAUUGACAUCAUCAAGAGAGACUUUGGGGAAAAUUUCGAUACUAUCCCUCCCCACGGGCGAUGGAGGCACUUGGACGCAGGCCGAGAACGCGUCAGACCUCUGCUUACACAAUGGAAGGAGACUGUGGUCCCUGUACUAGAACAAACGAAGCGAUUGGUCGACCUUAUUUUGGUUUCUGUCUUGCUUGAUGCUGGCGCUGGCAACGUCUGGACAUACACAGAAAAGAGCAGCGGCAAGAAGUUUGCGAGAUCGGAGGGGCUUGCUGUUGCUAGCUUUGACGCCUUCGUGGAAGGGCACUUUUCGGGGGACCGCGAACAACCUUUCAGAGUUGAUGCCGCCGGACUAUCUCGAAUCACCGUCGAGAAGACCACAUCUGUAUUUCAAGUUGACACAAACUCAAACCUCAUGGCGGGUCUUGAAGGCCGUACCAGUCUUCUAGUCAACCUCGCAGGGGCGUUGAAACGAAACACCGAAUACUUCGGACCCGACGCACGUCCGGAAAUAUUGUUGGUCAGCUAUUUUCUCCAAAAAGAGUCCCAAAUUUUCUCACCAAACCAGAGAGGGAUCCACGUAGCAUCUUUAUUCCAUGCUCUCAUCUAUGGUCUUCGACCCAUUUGGCCCGUACGCAACACUCUUGCUGGCGUAGCUCUCGGGGACGUUUGGCACUGUGCUGUGCUUAACGAAAGCACCGAAAAAGAUGCCGACGACUAUGUUCCCUUCCAUAAACUUACACAAUGGUUAACAUACAGUUUGGUUGAACCGAUCGAAAAGGUGUUGGGUUGGACAGUUGAAGGUCUUGAGGAUAUGACUGGUUUGCCAGAGUAUCGAAAUGGUGGUCUCCUCGUUGACUUUGAAGUCCUGAAACUCAAAAAGGAUUCAUUAGCCAACUUCUAUCCCGAUCCUUCAUCCAACAUUCCUCAAACUUGGGCAACGAAUCUAUCGUUACCGCAAAUUCUGGAAAGCGCAACGUGGAAGGGCGGGCGUGAGAUUGCGAAGCAAAAGCGACCUAGCACCGGUGGACCGCCUAUUGACAUUGAAAGCGACGGAACAGUAUUCUAA